UCGUGCCAAUACAAUCAAUCGCUCAACGUUGAAACUUUUUAGAUAGAUACGAUUGUCAAAAAUCAUUUGGUGGGGAGGACUCAAGCUUCACACUACAAAGAACGACCAUCAAUUUCGUCUUCAUUAACGUUACUGGCUUGCUGCUAAUUAUGUCAAUAUAAAAUAUUUUUUUUCGUUUUCUUCUUUUUGUUUUUGCUUUCUUUUUUGUUUUCUUUUUAUCUAAAAAAACGUAACGCGUAAAACACGAUUUAAAAUACAAAACAAAAAGUUCGUCUAUUUUGAUAUGUGUUCGGUGAUGAAAUAAUUUAAUAAUUGAAAUUAAUUCAAGUGAAAUGACUAUUAUUUCUAAUAAUUUCAAACUGUCCCAAAUAAACGUUAUAUUGGCAUUCUCAAGCUAUUAUCGCCUGACAUCGUGCUCGAUUGAGAAUAGAGCAGAAUCGUUUGCGUCAAAACGACUUAGGAAGAAUGCCAAGAUCAAGAAUGCCAAGUGAACUUCGUCUUAACAAACAAUAAGCAGUCCAUCGAUGAUUAGAACUCGAAGAUCAAAACGAUAACGUUCGAUAAAAAAUUGAUAAUUCAUAUGUAGAAAAAACAAAAAAAAAAAAGAAGAAAAACAGAUAAAAAUUUAUAUACAGACGAAUUUUACGUCAAUCCUAUAACAAGCUAUAAUUAUGUCGCACUCAAUGUGCACGAUAUUACGCUUUAUUUUACUCUUGGGAAUUUUAACAAGAGGAAUAAAAUGCGUCGAUCUCUCAGAUAAAGAAUGGUGGGAAACAACGCUCGUGUAUCAAAUCUGGCCAAGAGGAUUUCAAGAUAGCGAUGGCGAUGGUGAAGGCGAUUUAAAAGGCAUUAUUAGUAAACUUAAUUACAUUAAGGAACUUGGAGUCGAAACAAUAUGGCUUAAUCCUAUUUAUGGAUCUCCUCUAGUGGAUAGUGGAUUUGAUGUUUCUAAUCAUACAGAUAUAAAUCCUUUAUUUGGAAACUUUGCAGAUUUUUAUAGAAUAAUAGAAGAAGCACACAAGCGUGAAUUAAAGGUCAUGAUAGAUAUAAUACCAAAUCAUUCUAGCAACGAACAUCGAUGGUUUGUAUUAUCUACACAAAAUAUUGAGCCUUACAAUGAUUACUAUAUUUGGGCAAAUGGAUCUGUAGACAAGAAAGGUAAUAAGUUGCCACCUAAUAAUUGGGUAAGCACUUAUAAUAAAGAAAAAGAAGGAUCAGCAUGGACUUGGAAUGAUGUUAGAAAGCAAUGGUAUUAUCAUAAAUUUCACGAGAAACAACCAGAUCUUAAUUUACGAAAUGAAAAUGUUAUUAAGGAAUUAUGGGAUAUUUUGAAAUUUUGGUUAGAAAAACAUGUAGAUGGUUUCCGUUUUAACUCAGUACCAUAUUUUUUUGAAGAUAAAGAAUUACGAAAUGAACCAUUUGUUGGAAGUGGUAAUCAUACUUUUGGACUUAAAGAAAGUAUUGAACUUCUUUAUGUAUUUCAUGCCUAUAUCAACAAUUGGGUAGAAGAAAACAAUGCAAGUUCAAAAUUAUUAAUAGCAGAAUCAUAUGAUUCUGUUCAUAAUCUUAUAGCUUAUUACGGUAAUGCUACACACAAAGGUAUUCCACCUACUAAUACACUCUUCAUCAAUCCUAUUCAUAAUAAAACAGAUGCUAAUUAUAUCAAAAGCGUAAUAGAUGAAUGGUUUCAUCUUUUACCUGAAAAUGCAAGCACAAAUUGGAUGCUAAGUAAUCAUGACUUCUCGAGAGUACCAUCGAGAAUUGGAUUAAAUCGUGUUGAUGGACUUCAUAUGCUUAGUUUACUUUUACCUGGGCAAGCAUAUACAUAUUAUGGUGAAGAGAUAGCAAUGUUAGAUUCCAAAAUUCGAUGGCAUGAAACGAUUGAUCCAAUGGGCUGUGCUCAGACAGAGGACACAUAUGAAAAUUUUUCCAGAGAUCCAGCAAGAGCACCUAUGCAAUGGAAUAACGAACUAUCCGCUGGUUUCUCCACAAAUAAAACUACAUAUCUUCCUGUAGAUCCUGAAUAUGUCACUAGAAAUGUGAAAUAUCAAGAAGCCCAAGAACGCAGCAACUUAAGAACUUAUAAAAGGCUAGCCAAACUUAGAAAAGAUAUAGUUUUUACUCAUGGAGACUAUGAACUUAAAUCUACAAAUAAUAACAACGUACUUAUUUUAAGACGAUCAUUGCAAAAUCAUCCUGUAUAUAUAGUUAUUGUAAAUCUGUGGAUUCACCAAGAACAAAUAAAUUUGGCAUCUCUAUAUCCAGAUAUAGAUGACAAUUUAGAAAUUGUAAUAUAUUCAAGUAAUUCCAUCUAUACUACAGACACUGUAUCAAGAAAUAAUAUUAUGCUUACGGCAAAUGCUGCUUUAGUAUUAAAAGGAAAGGAAACACCACAGACUACAUCUACUAUUUCUACUAAUCCUACUAUAUCUACCCCAGUUAGUGACAUAACUCCAUCAGUAAAUGUUACAACGAAAGACCCAACCAGUUCAGAAAAGUCAACGGAAGGCCCAACCAGUACAAAAAGGCCAACAGAAUCCCCAGACAGUACAAGUAGUCCAACAAAAAAUCCAAAUAGUUCAGAAAAGCCAACGGAAGGACCAACCAAUACAAGUAGUCCAACAAAAAAUCCAAAUAGUUCAGAAAAGCCAACGGAAGGCUUAACCAGUACAAGUAACCCAACAAAAAAUCCAAACAGUUCAGAAAAGCCAACGGAAGACCCAACCAGUACAAGUAGUCCAACAAAAAAUCCAGAUAGUUCAGAAAAGCCAACAGAAGACCCAAACAACACAAAUACCUCAACGAAAGACCCAAAUAGUUCAGAAAUAUCCAGCACUUCUAAAUUUAUCUUGAUACUAAGCACAAGUUUGAUUGUUAUAUUAUUAUCUGCGUUUUGAAUUAUCUUAUAUAAUAAUAAAAGAAAAUUAUACAUAAUACUAUUUUCUUACGAUUCUAAACAUUUAAAAUUAUAAUUUCUCAAUAUUUAAAUGUUUACACGUUAAUGAGACGCAAUUCAAUACCAGAUGAAUCAUAUCAAAGCAGAUUUAACUGUGAUUUAUAAAUUGACUUCAAAAUACAAAGUAUACAAGAACGUUAACAAUAUGAUAAAUACAGUUGAAGACAUUCAUUUAGAAGACAAGUUUAUCGUGCAUUAUCACGAAGAGAAAUAGUUAUAAAGAUAAUUUUUAAAUCGUAUAAAAUAAUUCUUUAUUAAUUAUCCUAAUAGAUACAAUAACAGUGAACUGAAUUUAAUAAAACUAGAAUGUUAUCGAAAAAAAAUAACUGAAAUAAUAAACUUGACAAAUGCAUAAAUAUCUAAUCUCAUAAAGAUUCAUUUUUCGUUAAAGGAUAUUUCUUUUCUAAGGAUAAUGGAUCGCUGGAGAGAUAAAUAUGAGAGGUCGUCUACUAUCUUAUCUGUGUAUUAAUAAGAAAACAAUAAAAAUAUAUCAUUCGUAUUAAUUGGA